AUUUGAAAUAAAAACACCUCUCACUCUUCACUGCUCAAAUAUCCCUCUCCCACUCAGCUCCCCCUUCUUCCUCUGCUCUCGCAUGCCGUCGCUGCUUUAGCACUCGGGGAAACACUAAGCUUUCUCAUCUUCUUGUCCGAGAACGAAGCAAAUCGAAUGGCUAUUUCUAAUGAGAACAAUUCUGUUCAGAUUAGACCAACUAAUGUGCGGCAAGACAUGGAAGGGAGGAAGUUUGGAGGUGAGAUCAAAGCUAACAGAAGAGCUCUCGGCGUGAUUAAUCAGAAUUAUAAUUGUGUUGUCAACAAGAGAGGCUUUGCAGAGUCUAAUGGGAUUUGUGAUAAGAAUUGUCCAGUGGCAGCACAUAGGCCAAUCACAAGGAAAUACGCUGCGCAAAUGGCAGUCUCGCAGCAUCCAUGCCCGGAGGAAUCUAAGAAGCCAAAGACAUCAUCAUCAGGCAAUGAGUUCACAGUGUGGGAGGAUGUUCCUUUGACAGAUGCAGAGGAUAAUGAUAAUGGAGCAGCUAUGCCCAUGUCGUUGGAGCAAUCGGAGAUUGAAAUGUCUGAAAAAAACCAAAUGGAGGUUGAAAUGGAAGACAUAUUCGAAGAAACCGUUUUGGACAUCGAUGGUGGCGAUGCAAAGGAUCCGCUUGCCGUUGUGGACUACGUCGAAGAUCUCUACGCCUCCUACAAGAAAAUGGAGAGUUCGAGCUGUGUUUCACCAUGCUACAUGGCACAGCAAUUUGACAUAAAUGAAAGAAUGAGGGCCAUUCUCAUUGACUGGCUCAUAGAGGUGCACCACAAAUUCGAGCUACGAGAGGAGACAUUGUUUCUUACAGUCAAUCUGAUUGAUCGGUUCUUGGAGAAGCAAUCUGUGGUGAGGAAGAAGCUGCAGCUAGUCGGCUUGGUCGCCUUGCUUCUGGCGUGCAAAUACGAGGAAGUCUCCGUUCCUGUUGUCGAUGAUUUGGUCUUCAUUUCAGACAAAGCUUAUACGAGGAAGGAAGUGCUUGAAAUGGAGAGGUUAAUGCUGAACACAUUGCAGUUCAACAUGUCUGUUCCAACUCCUUAUGUUUUCAUGAAAAGAUUCCUCAAGGCUGCUCAAUCGGACAAGAAGCUUGAGCUGCUCUCAUUCUUCUUGAUUGAGCUAUGCCAAGUGGAAUACGAGAUGCUGAAGUACUCGCCCUCGUUCCUCGUGGCUGCUGCCAUAUACACGGCUCAGUCGACGCUCUAUGGUGGCGGGCAAUGGAGCAAGACUUGUGAGUGGCACACAGGCUACACAGAAGAUCAACUAUUGGAAUGCUCGAGGCUAGUGGUGGGGCUGCACGAGCGGGCGGGGACGGGGAAGCUCACCGGGGUUCACAGAAGUACAACACAUCCAAGUAUGGAUAUGCAGCAAGAUGUGAAUCUGCACAUUUUCUUGUACAGCCACAAUGAGCAGAGGAGCAUGUACAGUUGGCUAACUAACUACAUGUGAUUUGCUGUGUUGAUACUAAAAUUUAAAGUUUAUAAUUGGGGGGGUUGCAAUAAUAGUUGUUGAAUUUAAUUAGGGUUUAAUGAUAAUCAUAAAGAGAAAUUAAUAAGCAGUUUAGCAGCAACUUUGUGUUGCCCCCGGGGGGAUUAAUUACCAAUUAUUCAUUCUGAUUUGAACAAGUGUAGAAUUCAUGGCUGAUUAAAUUCUGCACUCUCUGAUUUUUUUACUUACAUUUGAUUCAGAAAUAAAAGCUAGUAGUACUAUUUAUUGUUUGGGACCA